GUCUGAGGUGGAGUCAGUUCUGUCAGUGACUGAUGAGGCGUUCAGACUGAACAUUAAAGCUUUUAUUAAGAGAACAACCUCGUAGUGCGCAUGCGCGUACCUGAGCUGGUCUCACCUGUUGGAGCCACUUUAUAAUCAGUCACCUGAAGGAGUCUCAGUCAUGAAUCCCCCAACCAGCAGAGACGCUUCUCACCAACCAGAGCACUACAUGCCCCAGUCAUCUUCAUCAUCAGGAGGAGGAGGAGGAGGAGGAGGAGGUUUGUAUCUGGAGGCCUAUGAGGUGUCGUUCCCUCUGGAGGAGAGCAUCGAGAGACCGCCUGCAUAUCACCUGAACCAGGGUCAGCAAAUGAUGGAAGAGCCCGUGAUGCAGGAGCCUCCUCUCUCCCAGUACAGCACGUUCAUCCUGGUCUCGAACCUGCGAGCUCACCUCUACGUCACUCUGGAGAAAAACGCUUGGCUGCAGAAACGCAUCGAGGAGCUGGAGGACGAACGCAACUUCCUGCGCUGUCAGCUGGACCGCUUCAUCGUCAGCAUGAGGGGUCCGGAGGUGACCGAGUGGUGUGGAGACUCCCAGCGUGCUGUGAAGGUCCUGCCUGCCAGCUCUCCCUCUCCUCCCUCCCCCAUGACCACCAGGUCUGGGAUGACCCUCAAACGCCUGCAGGGACCAGGACCAAAGCCCCGCCGCACCAAGGCCAUCCCUGUGAAGCAGGAGUUUCAUCUGGAGGAGGAUAAAUACUACACUGACGACGAGUACGUGGAGGAAGAGGAGGAGGAGGAGGAGGAGGAGGAGGAGGAAGACGAAGAUUCGUCGGUGGAGAAGAAGUCAAAGAAGAAAGGCCGAGGGCGAGCUAACGGAGAGCCGAGGGUGAAGAUGAGGAGGAUCUUCAGGAUCACCCACGGGAGGGAGAGACAGAGAGUUAAAGACCCAGAGGGGGUUAUGAUUCGGUAUAAGAAGAUCCUGACGACCUACCAGAAGGUGAGGAGCAUGUCCCGAGCCUUCCAGAUCCACGGAGUCGACCGAAACACCAUGGCCUCCACCUCCCCCAUCGCCGAGCUGCAUCUGGUGGCUCCAGAGAAGGUGGAGGAGGUCGGGGAGUUUGAGUCGACGAAAGAGAAGCUUUUGGAUUACGCCCGGCGGUGCUACAAGACCAUGGACGAGCAGACACACGCCAAGGUCCAGACCAUGAAGAAGACUCACAAGCUGCUGCCGAUCUCCUACCGGUUCAGAAACUAACCGACCAACUCGACGGACGAGGAAGAGGAGAAGCCGGACGAGGAAGAGGAGAGGCCGGACGAGACGGCAGGUUUAUUUCUAUUUUUGUUAUGAACAUUUAUUUUUCAUUUCCUUACAGUAAGAAGAAGAUAUAAGUAAUGUGAGGAUGAGAGGAUUAGAUGCCAAAUCACAAAAUUCAUUUAGUUUGAAAAUAUGUACAUGCUGCUUGAUUUAUAUUUGGGAUUUUUCUUUUUAUUUAUUAUGCAGCUGUUAUGGCAAAAAGUUUUAUUUUUUUUCUGUAUUUCAGUUGUAUUGAAGAUUUUCAUUGGAGGUUGAAAUGACUAUGUUCUUAACCUCUGGAGUUAACAGAAGCUAUACAUUAACUAAAAGACAUAUAUUGUGACUUAUAAUGUCCUUUUCAUUUCAAAUCGUACCGACUGAUUCUGACUCAAACAUUUUAUAGAGCAGGUAUCAAAGUUAUCGGUGAGCAAAUGUGUCAUUUUGGACAAAGACUUGUUGAAUUUGUGUGUAAUAUUUUGCUCUGGGUGUAUUUACAAUUUACUAUCAUGACUGGCUCACCUUUUGUUUUGUUAUCAAAAGAGAGAGAAAUAUUUAUUUGCUUCAUUCAUUUUUGACACAUUGCAUUUCGUAAUGUAUGAAUUAUUAUUUUGUAAAAUAUGUACAUCCAUAUGUAUUAUUGAAAAAGCACAUUUGUGUGUUCAUAUAUCUGGUACCUGAGUUAUAUAUUUAUUUUGAGUUGGCCAGAUGGGGGUGCCGCUGAUGUUGUAGUUUCGUGAAUUUUGUGAUAUCAGAAGGUUUGAAAUGUCAAAUCAUGCAAGAAAGUAAAUUACUUUAAAUGUU